UCAGACAUGCUCAAGUUAGUGCUGUUCAUCCUGACCUUCGCCGUCGAGGCAAGAGCGGUCAGAUACCUCCGUCUCGCCGGGGGUAAAGGCCCACACGAGGGUAGGGUGGAGGUUUCUCCAUGGUGGAACGAACCAUGGGGGACAGUAUGCGACGACUCGUGGGACCUACAUGAUGCCGAAGUUGUGUGUCGUCAGCUUGGAUAUUCCGGUGCUUGGGAAGCGCCUAAGCACGCCUAUUUUGGGAUGGGAAGUGGAAGGAUUUAUCUUGACGAAGUAAUGUGUAACGGGGACGAGCAAUACCUGUCUGACUGCCCUCAUAACGGCUGGGAGACUCACGACUGUGGACACCAUGAGGACGCAGGGGUUGUUUGCAUUGUCCAAUGCAGUACCAACUGUAUGAAUGGCGGAACGUGCAUGAACGAUGUCUGUCGUUGCUCGCCCGGGUACACAGGGAGCAAAUGUGAAACAGAGAUAGACGAGUGCAGCGGAUCCCCUUGUAUGAAUGGCGCCCGUUGCCGAGAUGAAGUCAACGGUUUCACCUGUGAGUGCGAACCCGGAUGGAACGGAGCCAGGUGUGAACAGAACAUUAACGAAUGCUGGAGUAAUCCUUGCAUGAACGGUGGAACCUGCAUCGACAUCGUGAAUGGAUAUAUCUGUGACUGCAUAUCCGGCCAAACUGGGCGAAACUGCGAAAAUGCAUACUGCAGCAGCAACCCUUGCAUGAAUGGGGGCACGUGCGAGAAUGGCAGGUGCCUCUGUGUACAGGGUUACCAGGGACACUUAUGUCAACUAGACGUAGAUGAGUGCACUUCGUCUCCAUGUUUGAACAACGCAGAAUGCUUCAACGAGGUCCCAGGCUACACCUGCCACUGCCCACCUGGAUACGCCGUAGUCAGAUGCGGAAUGGAGGUCAACGAAUGUGCAAGUAACCCUUGCUGGAGAGGAGGGACAUGUAUUGACGGCACGGGCAGCUAUACCUGUGUCUGUAAAUAUGGAUCAGCUGGGCAAAACUGUGAAAUUGCCCUGAACAAUGGGACCUGCUACUGGUUCUCUGACGAUAGUCAGGCGCAUGAGACCGCGUCCACAACCUGUGCUGACAUGGGAGGACAUCUGAUGGACGUUAAAGAACCCAAUGAACAACAGUGGAUUGGCAGUCACAUCUCUGAUGUAUCGGAAUGGACAUCUCUGAGAACCAAAUCACAUCCCAAUUUUGUCUACAACGAUGGGGCCCCUAUCUCCAACCAAGUUCAAUGGACGUCAAAAAGCAUGUACAGUCCCCAUGACACAUGUGUCUUACUGGACAGCGCCGACGGAUAUAGAGCUGUGUACACGUCAUGCACCGAGCAAUACAACUACGUCUGCGAAAGCCCCGCUAUGCCGCGCGUCCCCAACAUGUGUCACAACGGUGGACAGGCCCUCACUUGCUUCUCUGAUGACACUAUUUUCUGUUCCUGCCAGCCAGGCUAUACCGGGCUCAACUGUGAAACAGAUAUUGACGAGUGCGCAUCCAAUCCGUGUCUAAACGGAGGAACCUGCCUGGAACACUUGGGCUUCUUUCAGUGCGAGUGUCCCGGUCCUUUUACGCGAGACAGGUGUGAAGACAGCAGCUGCGUGCCAAACCCUUGUCCGUUCAGUUGGACCUGCGUUGGUACUGACGGGGGUAUAUCUUGCCUCAUGCCGAGUCGCAAACAUGGAAGAACUGCUUUCCAAUGUACCAACUCUUCCUGUCAUGAAGGCUGGACUUGUAAGGAACUUGGCACAGCGGGGUACACUUGUAUUGCACCGUGAACUGCUCGACCCAACAACUAGUCCAUUAGUCACCGUGGCGGCAAAGGGUUACUGUCCCUACAACGCUUUACGUUAAAUGUGACACCUAAGUGGUACGAUGAAUUUAGGAAGAAUGGCUACGUUUACGCUAAGUUUAAGUACAUCGCUACACACAACGAGAACUUCGUUGUCAUGAAAUUAUAGGAUGGAAAUGACCAAAAACUCAAAUUUCUAGAAUCAAUACCUGCACGGCAUGAAAAACGGAAUUUAAGCAUGCUUAAAUGAUGCUUAACGUUGACGUAUUUUCCUUCUUUACGGAUCUAUACAUUUCUUAUACGAGUACGUAAAGAUUGGCGUUACGUAGUCUUUACGUAGGUGCUGAUAGGUCCGUAUUUUCCGGUUUUUUAAGUUGCCUUUCGGCAGCUUUAAGUUGUUGUAAAUAAUUACUAAAACUCAUUUAAAUUGCAUUUAAAUAUUACGUUUAUAAAACUUUAAGCAUUGUUACGGCUUAUUUACGUGUGCGUAAAGAUGAUCAUUAGGUGGCUUAUAGGUGCGGAUAGGUCCGU